AAACUUGCCUGAAUGAGGCUUCGACGAUAAAAACCGAGCCGUCAUGUUUUCGUCCCUCCCUCUCUGCUUCUGUCCUUCGGCCAGGCUGCCGCUGCUCUCAACCUCCCCGGAACAAAACACCACAAAACAACCAUGUCUGAGAAACUCCCCUACAAAGUUGCCGACAUCUGCCUGGCUGAAUGGGGACGCAAGGCCAUCGACAUGGCAGAGAACGAGAUGCCCGGGCUCAUGAAGAUGAGGGAGAUGUACGGUCAGUCCAAGCCUCUGAAGGGAGCCCGCAUUGCCGGCUGCCUCCACAUGACCCUGCAGACUGCCGUGCUCAUCGAGACCCUCACUGCCCUCGGAGCUGAGGUUCAGUGGUCGAGCUGUAACAUUUUCUCCACUCAGGAUCAUGCUGCUGCUGCCAUUGCCAAGGCUGGCAUUCCAGUGUAUGCCUGGAAGGGUGAGACAGAUGAGGAGUACGUGUGGUGCAUUGAACAGACCCUGUACUUCAAAGAUGGUCAACCUCUCAAUAUGAUCCUGGAUGAUGGAGGAGACCUCACCAACAUGGUCCACACAAAGUACCCUAAACUGCUGGCAGGUAUCCGUGGAUUGUCAGAGGAGACCACUACAGGUGUCCACAACCUGUACAAGAUGUUGAAAAAGGGCGAGCUGAAGAUCCCUGCCAUCAAUGUCAACGAUUCUGUCACCAAGAGUAAGUUCGACAACCUGUACGGCUGCAGAGAGAGUCUGAUCGAUGGCAUCAAGCGAGCCACAGACGUGAUGAUUGCUGGUAAAGUUGCGGUGGUGGCAGGUUACGGUGACGUGGGUAAAGGCUGUGUCCAGGCUCUGCGGGGAUUCGGCGCUCGUGUCAUCGUCACCGAGAUCGACCCCAUCAAUGCCCUUCAGGCUGCCAUGGAAGGUUAUGAGGUCACCACCAUGGAUGAGGCUUGUAAGGAAGGAAACAUCUUCGUCACCACCACUGGAUGUGAAGACAUCAUCUUGGGGCACCACUUUGAGCAGAUGAAAGAUGACUCCAUUGUUUGCAAUAUUGGACACUUUGACUGUGAGAUUGAUGUGAACUGGCUCAACAAAAAUGCUGCUGAGAAGAUCAAUGUCAAACCUCAGGUCGAUCGCUAUCGUUUGAAGAACGGUCAUCACGUCAUCCUCCUGGCUGAGGGCAGGCUGGUCAACCUGGGCUGUGCCAUGGGACACCCAUCGUUUGUCAUGAGCAACUCUUUCACCAAUCAGGUGCUGGCUCAGAUUGAGUUGUGGACAAACACUGCCAAGUACCCUGUGGGAGUCUACUUCUUACCCAAGAAGUUGGAUGAGGAGGUGGCAGCUGCCCAUCUGGAUAAACUGGGGGUGAAGCUUACCAAGCUGACAGAAAAGCAAGCCAAGUACCUGGGCCUGCCCACCGAGGGGCCCUUUAAACCGGACCACUAUCGCUAUUGAGCUCCCCUGCUAGCCUGGGGAAGAAGAGCAGAAAGAGGAAGAGGUGUGGCCAGAAUGGUGUUGGUGUUUGGUGGGUGGGAGCACUUAAACCGUGUUGCACUCUGCGUGCUGUGAUUGGCUUUGGACUGCCAUAGCUCAGUGAUUCAGGGAUACAGAGAGACAUAUUUUCUUCCCCUCUAAAAGGCUUUUAUAUCAAAUGCUAAAGACAUUAAUUCACGAGUUGCAUCUGCCAGUCCAAGUGGUGAGGCAUGAGUGAAACGAUACCUUGUUCUGCUUUACUCAGGUGAGAUGAAGCACUUUCUGCCUCUGGUUGAAGCUAGACUCUGGUGGCAGCACAUCAUCCUCCUAAAGCUUCCAUCAGUAGCUUAAAAUAUUUUGUAAAAGUGUGAAACUGCAAACACUUUUUUUCUGUCAUCCCAGUUUGUUCAUUUCAUCUCAUCUUUUUGCUCCGGCACACCAACACACACAAACUCUUCGGCUCUCUUCUUUCUCAAGAGUACUCUUCCAACACACCAUCAAGUGCUACUGUAGCUGUCAAAGAGAAUUCCUCUUGAUUGUCAUUCCCUCUCUGUUUAUGGAAUAAAACAAACCCUGAUGCUUUUCUAUCUAAA